GGCAAGGCUGCCAGUGGAGACAGUGGUGAAGGCCAGGGCAGGGAGCACACAAUCAGAGAGCAAAGUCAGGUCGUGUACUAUAAGCAGUGAGCUCAAGACAGCACCAUUCCACUCACGGCUCUUUCUUAAAAAGGGAAUAGUGCUGAGGAGUUUAGCUCCCAUUAAGAGAAACACAAGUUAACCCUUGUGUUGUCUUAAGUGUAAAAAAAAUAUGACCCACCACUGUAACAGAGAAAUACCCCUGAAUUAUAUUCUUUCAACUUGAAAUUUGAUGACUUUUCCUAUUGACCCCAAAAUUAGAAAAAGGGAAACAUUGCCUCUGCUCAUAUUUCCAUUAAAGCUGUACACCACCAGGGUACAAAGACUAUCUUAUGGUUAUUUUUGACCCGGCAGUUCUAAAAAUCAUUUACACCACAAAAAACACACACGAAAUUUAGAUUGUGUUAAAUCAGUAGCACACAGACAAAACUAAAACGUUCUUGUGCAUGUGCAGGAUCUCCCCUCCACAUGAUUCAAGUUCACAGACAAAAAAAAUAUUUCAGAGAAAAUAAACAUGGUUUACUAAUGUGGAAUGCAGUCAGAGGCUAUAAAGGUGCUGCAGAUGACAGUCCCCCCCAGUUCUCUCUUUGCUGAAGCCUUAAGUGCACAACAGGUCGUAGAUAUGAUUUUUUCAGAUGUCCAGGAGGAAGAAGAGAACAAUGAUUUAGAAGAGUUAUCUGUAGAAGAUAGGGAAUAAUACAACCCAGAGCACGAUGCAUCAUCUUCAGAUGAAGAAGAAAUACCCAAGCUGAAGGAGACAUUUGUCAAAGAAUAGAAAAAUAACAUGGCCAUUGUUACCAUAUGACAACCAGGGCAGGAUGGCAGCACAAAAUGUCAUAAGGCUGACCCCAGGGCCCACAAGAAAUGCAGUUGCCCAUGCCCAGGACAUCGCCUCAACAUUCUACAUGUUCAUCACACCAGCCAUCGAAAAAAAUAAAAAUCAGCCUGGAGAUUACAGAUGGAGGGUUCCCGUAAAUAUGGAGACAACUGGAAAAGGAUGGAUGAGAUUGACCUGCGUGCCUACAUAGGGCUGCUAAUCUUAGCGGGUGUGUAUAGGUCCCGAGGCGAGGCUACAUGUAGUCUCUGCGAUCCAGAGAGUGGAAGGGCGAUUUUCCAUGCCACCGAAAGUCUUUCACACUUUCUCAACAAUGCUACGAUUUGAUAACCGUGAGUCAAGACCUGCAAGACGUGUGGGAGACAAACUGGCGGCCAUAAGAGAGGUUUAGGAGAAGUUGGGGGAGCGUCUGCCAUACAUGUACAACCCUGGGCCUGCAGUAACAGUGGAUGAGCAGCUGGUUCCAUUCAGAGGUCACUGUCCUUUCCAGCAGUAUAUGUGCAGCAAAGUACAGCAUCAAGAUAUGGGUGGUCUGUGACACACAAUCCAGCUACGCUUGGAAGAUGCAAGUCUACACAGGGAAGCCAACCAGUGGAGGCCCGGAGAAGAACCAGGGGAUGCGGGUUGUGCUUGAUGUGACAGAUGGACUGGGGGGGAACAAUGUCACGUGUGACAAUUUCGUCACCUCUUAUGAACUCAGCCAGCAGCUCCUGAAGAGGAAGAUCACCAUGAUUGGCACAGUUAGGAAGAACAAGCCUGAGCUCCCCCCUGCACUCCUCGCAGCAAGGGGGAGAGAGGCCUUCUCAUCAAAGUUCACCUUCACCCCCACGCUAGUUUCUUACCUCCCAAAGAGGAACAAAAAUGUGGUCCUCCUGAGCACACUGCACAAAACGGCUGAGAUCAGUGAUCGUGAGGACAGGAAGCCAGCCAUCAUCCUGGACUACAACCACAACAAAGGAGGCGUGGACAACCUGGACAAGGUGAUUGGAACUUAUAGCUGCAGGAGGAUGACGACCAGAGGCCAGCGGGCAAUCUUCCAUAACAUCAUUGAUGUGUCCUUAUACAAUGCCUUCGUGAUAUGGAACAAGAUCAACCCUACCUGGAUGCCUGACAAGCGGAACAAGAGGGUGUUGUUCUUGGAGCAGCUGGGAAAGACACUUGUAACUCCACAAAUUAAAAGGAGGGAGCGCCUCCUUCGCACAGCAGCGCUUGUGAAAGCUGUUCAAGUGGCGAAAUAUUGUCCUCAGCCACCUGAGGCUGCAGCAGGCAAGAUGAGGAGAUGCCAAUUCUGCCCACCAAAGAAGGACUGUAAAACAAAUACUAUGUGCUGCACAUGUGAGAAAUACAUCUGCAAAGUCCAUGCACACACACUUGCAUACUGUCCUACAUGUGCUAAUUAGAGUUGAUUGAUAUUCUUCACAUUUUUGUUUUGUAGCCAUUACCUUAUUUUAUUCUUAUUUAUUGUUUAUACACCUUGUAGGUGGGGGAAAUGGUUCCAAAAAUGGGAGAAGACUAGUAUUUUGUAGUCAAAUUCCUCAUUGUACAGUAUAUAAGAAUAUAUCAUUAUGUUGCCCAAAAAAUUUGAGACUUUUAUUGUUUCCCUUAAAUAAAAUGCAUUCAAAACUA